UUCUGUGGUGUGGUGGAUGUGAGUGAUGUUUUUAAAAUAAGUUUUGAACUUUAAAAUAUUUAAGUGAAUGUUAUUGUUAAUAUUAAGGUCUUCUUCAGAACACCAAGGUUAUUAUAAUUACAAGCAUUAUUUACAGCGCGAAAGCCAAAACUAGUAAAACAAGUUUCAUUUCAACUUCCAAGUGCAACUGUGAAGAACAAUUUUUGAAAAACAAUUUUUAUCCCUAGUGAUUGGCUUGCUUUGUAAGCGUUAUAGCAGUAUAAUCUCAAACAUUUAACGAUGUCCUAUACUAUUCCUUUACUACAGUUUGUAGCUUUUUUGGAUCUUCUGGCAGUUGGUCUCAUAGUACCUUUAAUACCUAACCAUGUACGGCAAAUGGGAGCAAAUCACAUCUAUAUUGGCCUUCUUGGAUCACUGUAUGCAGGAUUUCAGUUGGGAUCAGGCCCACUUAUGGGUAGCUUAAGUGAUCUGAAGGGCAGAAAGCAGAUACUUAUUAUAACAUUACUAGUAUGUGGUGCUGCUUAUUUAACAUUGGGAGUGACAAAAUCUGUUGCAAUUGUUUUACUUAUGAGAGCAGUUUUAGGUUUAUUCAAACAAACCCAGCUAUUGACAAAAGCUUUAGUCCCUGAUUAUGAGGGAGAUGAGAAAAAACAGUCUGCAAUAUAUGGGAAAAUGGCUGCUGGAGUGGGCAUUACAAUAGGUCCAGUCAUAGGUGGUCAUAUUGUAGAAGACUAUCCGAUUCAUGGUUUCAGUGUUGCAGGUCUUCUGGUUUGCAUCUUCUUUAUUAUAAAUGCCUGUCUUGUAUACCAGCUGCCAAAAGUAAAUAUUCCUGUAAGGCAGAAAUCUAAUCCUGAAAGCUCUUCCCUAAAUAUUUUACAAUCUAUCUGGUCUUCUAGCAAACAAUCAGUUGUACAGUUAUCAAAAGUAGAAUGGUCUACAUAUUGGAUAGUAUUCACAUUCCAAGCCCUAAAUAGUUUUGCAAUGGGUGCUUACUAUUCAAGUUAUGCAUUAAACUUAAAAACUCAAUUUGGGCUCACACCAAAACACAUUGGGUAUGUUGUUUCAUUCCAAGGUGUUAUUGGUGCCAUAUCAAGUUUCAUGAUGGGCUACAUAAACAGCUUCUACACACAUGACAAAGAUUUUAGUAUAAGAAACUUUCAUGUUUUUGUUUUGUUAUGUACAUCACUGUUAGGUAUUUGUUUAUCUGUUAACGUUUUUAUGUAUACAAUUUUGUUAAUGCCGUUGGCAAUAGCUAAUGCUGUAGGUAGACUGGUUACAUUGGAAAUGAUAUUGAAGAAAAGCCACGGUGACCAUAGAGGAACUUUAAUAGGUGCAUCAAAUAGUGUGAGGUCACUGUCAGGUGUGGUUGCACCUUUGAUUGCUGGAUUUAUAGGUGAAUUCUUUGGAGUAGGAUAUGUUUUAUAUUCUUCAGUCUUCACCACACUCAUUGGACUUUUAAUAAGUUAUCAAUAUAAGUGUAAAAGGAUAAAAUUAGACUAAAAGUCUCAAAAUUUGGCUGUGAGAUAAUUAUAUUUGUUACAAGUA